GCAAAUCUGACCUAUAGUCUCCUUCACCAAAACCACUCCGCUUCGUCUCUAAGCUUUUGAAAGUAACCAAAAUCUCCCCUAUCAAUGGCGUUAAUUCGAUCAAAACUCCGUCUCUCUCAAACCCUCUCCUCCAUCUCUCCCCACUUACCUAAACCCUACACAACCUCUCUACACCAUGACCACGAAAACGACGAAUCCGCCGCCACCACCAUCACCACCCCUAUCUUAUCUCCAGAAGACACAAAAACCGUAGAAAACCUCCACUCAAUAAUCAAAUCCCACUACCGCAACAACCCCACACCAACAAACGACACCGUACUCCUCCUAAACCCUACCUUCACCCUCCCUUCCCUCUCCCUCUCCUUCUCCCAAAUCCCCUCAACAAUCUCCCCUUCCAUCAUCCAAUCCGUCAUCAAAAAAUCCGCCUCCGUCCGCCACGGCAUCCCUCUCCACCAAUCCCUAUCCUUCUUCAACUGGGCCACCUCCCAACCCCAAUAUCAUAAUCCGUCCCCUCUCCCUUACAACGAAAUGAUCGAUCUCGCCGGCAAAUCCCGCCAAUUCGACCUCGCCUGGCACUUAAUCGACCUCAUGAGAUCCAAAAACAUCCCCAUCACCAUCGAAACCUUCACGAUCCUGAUCCGUCGCUACGUCAGAGCGGGAUUACCCUCCGAGGCCGUGCAUUGCUUCAACCGUAUGGAGGAUUACGGCUGCGUCCCGGAUAAGAUCACUUUCUCUAUUGUUAUCAGCACUCUGUCCAGGAAACGGCGCGCCAGCGAAGCGCAGUCGUUUUUCGAUUCGUUGAAAGACAGGUUCGAGCCCGAUGUGAUUGUCUACACUAAUCUCGUCCGUGGUUGGUGUCGCGCCGGCGAGAUUACGGAGGCCGAGAGGGUGUUCAAGGAGAUGAAAGUCGCUGGUGUUGAGCCUAAUGUGUAUACUUUUAGUAUUGUGAUUGAUGCCUUGUGUAGAUGCGGGCAGAUUAGUAGAGCGCACGAUGUGUUUGCUGAUAUGUUGGUUUCGGGGUGUGCUCCGAAUGCGAUUACUUUUAAUAAUCUGAUGAGGGUUCAUGUGAAAGCCGGGAGGACGGAGAAAGUUUUGCAGGUUUAUAACCAGAUGAAGAAGCUUGGGUGUGAGCCUGAUACGAUCACUUAUAAUUUUUUGAUUGAGACUCAUUGCAGAGACGAGAAUCUUGACAACGCGGUGAAGGUAUUGAAUACGAUGAUUAGGAGGAAGUGUGAGGUGAAUGCUUCGACUUUUAAUACGAUUUUUAGGUUUAUUGAGAAGAAGAGGGAUGUGAAUGGAGCGCAUAGGAUGUAUAAGAAGAUGAUGGAGGAGGCGAAGUGUGAGCCGAAUACUGUGACGUAUAAUAUUCUGAUGAGGAUGUUUGCUGGGUCGAGGUCUACUGAUAUGGUUUUGAAGAUGAAGAAGGAGAUGGAUGAGAGAGAGGUUGAGCCUAAUGUGAAUACUUAUAGGGUUUUGGUUACGAUGUUUUGUGGGAUGGGGCAUUGGAAUAAUGCUUAUAAGUUUUUUAGGGAGAUGGUUGAGGAGAAGUGUUUGGUGCCGAGUUUGUCUUUGUAUGAGAUGGUUCUUGUUCAGUUGAGGAAAGCUGGGCAGUUGAAGAAGCAUGAGGAGUUGGUGGAGAAGAUGGUUCAGAAGGGACUUGUUGCUCGGCCAUUGUAGGGAGGAACUUUCCAAGCUUUUUUAAAUCAGAAUUUUGUUGUUCUUUUUAUUUCAAGUAAUUUUUGUUUUCAGACAGAUGUGUUACUUCAUUUUGGGCACAACAUUGGUUAACGAGCAUCAAGAAGUAAUAGUGUAUUAUUUUCUUUAUCCAAAUAUAUCAGACAAUAUGU